AUGAUCAAUAUACAUUCAGAUUCUAAACUAACAAUUGAGUAACAAGACUCAGAAGUUUAUCACUUGAUUGAAAAAAAAAAGGAAUUACAACAAAACAGUAUAAAUUUGAUUCCUUGUGAAAAUUAUGUCUCUAAAACAGUAGCUGAAGCAUAAUCAUGUGUCUUUAGCUCGAGAUAUGCUCCAGGUCUAUAGGGAGGCAAAUACGCACCCCAAGCUGAGAAUUACGAUGCAAUUGAAAAGCUAUGCCAAGAUAGAGCAUUGGCAGCAUUUUAUUUGGAUCCUUAAGAAUGGGGAGUCAAUGUAUAGAUGGGAAGUGGAAUUACAUCCAAUUUAGCCAUAUUUUUAUGA